GAUAAAAACCGGUACAUGGCGUAGCGGAGUGGCGUUUUCCUUAUCCGCCGACAGCUAACAAGAGAGUACACGCAGCUGCAGUUCAGAGUAUAUUUUGGACAUACAAAAUUUGACCGAACUUCUUACAUUCCGGAACAUUGACGCUGGAAAACGUACUUGCCCUGUCCGAAGAACACGCGAUGCAAGAAUGGCUCCAGCUACUUUUCGUCGUCGUGGGGUUGUGUCUUUUCGGUGGAGUGGUUUUGGUGGUUGGCCUCCUAGGAGCUUUACACGCCGCGCGGCUGGCAACUUGGAAGCACUUGAAGAAGGUUCCCGGACCCAACGAAGACAUCCCACUGCGUUGGGUCGUAAUGGAACAUCUUAGAGCGGAACAACGGAAACCAAUGGUGCCUUACAACGCUUCAGUACUUCAAACUCGAUACGCCCUCUGUAAGCUGUUCCAAGCUCAUGGGAUCUGUAGAUUUUAUUUAGGAACUCUAGCAUCAGUUCUGAUAUUCAAAGCGGACCACAUUGAGACAGUUAUGUCCAACACCCUGACUAAGGCACCACAAUAUGCACUCUUGCACUCCUGGCUUGGCACUGGACUAUUGACAAGCACCGGACCAAAGUGGAAAAAGAGGCGACGCAUGCUCACUCCUGCGUUCCACUUUCGAAUCCUCGACGAUUUCGUUCAUACCAUCAAUGAGCAUUCCAGAAAAAUGGUGGCCAAGAUCUCAAAGCUUCGCGAAGAAUCUGAGUGGCUCGAUGUGGUGCCUCUGUCAACGUCGUGUACGCUUGGCGUAUUGCUGGAAACAGUUAUGGGGGUGAGCGGGAGUCAAGAGAAAGAGUGCUGCGAGGACUACGUAAAGGCUAUCAAUGUCUUAACGAACGAGAUUUCCGUUAGGAUACAGAGUCCAUGGCUAUACCCAGAUUUUACGUUUUACCGAACUGAUAAUGGCCGGCGGUAUAAAGAUGGCGUUGCCGCGGUACACGCGUUCAGCACCAAGAUAAUACAAAAACGAAGAAGAGAGAUGCUUGACGAGAGAAAAAAAGCCUCUAAAACAGCUGCAGCUGAACAUGGGUCCCCGAAGAAAAGGCUCCUCACCUUUUUGGAUAUCUUGCUGAACCACAGUCUCGACGUCGACGAGUCGUUUACUGACGAAGAUAUCGGGGAAGAAGUCGAUACGUUUAUGUUUGCGGGUCAUGACACAACUGCUAUGGCGAUUGCCUGGAACUGCUAUCUAAUAGCCCUGCACCCUGACGUUCAAAAGAAAGUUCAAGAAGAAUUAGAUAUGGUACUCGGUGAACACAAGACCGAAGGCAUUUCGACGGAGAACUUGAAAGAACUGAAAUACCUGGAGUGCGUCGUAAAGGAAAGUCAAAGGCUGUGUCCCUCUGUGCCGAUGAUCGGAAGGACUGUGACGAAGUCGUUCACGUUAGGGAAUUAUGUGGUACCUGAAGGAACUUCAGUGGAAAUCUUUAUUUACGGGCUCCACAGAGAUCCCGAAGUAUUUCCAGACCCCGAGGUGUUUGACCCAGAUCGUUUUCUGCUAGAGAACUGCGCUUCUCGUCAUCCUUUCGCAUUUAUACCGUUUUCAGCGGGUUCAAGAAACUGCAUCGGUCAAAGGUUUGGCAGCAUGGAAGUGAAAAUAACAAUUGCACACAUAUUUAAAAAUUUCACCGUGAAGCCCUUCGAUCAACGUGACAAGCUUCUGCUUUCUUCCGAGUUGGUCUUGAGAUCGGUUGAUGGACUAAGGCUCAAAUUUACACAUCGUGAGGUGUGA